GAUUUCUCUUCGAGGUUGCAGCUUAGAGAAUGUCGGGAAGGACGGCCACGGUGAUGCGUGUAGAAGAGCAACUGGUAAGUACAGGAUACACUGUGACAGUACUUCUCCGAGCGUACGUAGAUGAGGACUUGAUGGCGGGUGAGUGCAGACAACGAGCUAGGGAUUUGAUCCACGAGCGUAGAGCUGAAGUACUGGCGCGAGUGGCCUUCCAGACCUCGAUUACUUAUGAUGUGAUGAUAUGGUCUCAUGGUUAUAUGCGCACGGAGCACUACCACAAUGAGACGGUAGAGGAGGCUAGAGUGAGGGUGAGAGGAGAUCUUCCGCGCGACAGGCUUGAUUUCCCAGAACUCCUAAAGCUCGCGAUAAAGGCAGAGGCAGAUGAUUACAAGGACUUGGUGUGGAGAGGGAUGAGGAGRCGUGACUUCUCUCUCUACAAGGAGUAUGCCACUGAUAGAUGYCMUAAUUUCAAGGAUUAUCCCUGGUCGGAGAAGAAUGAGGCCGUGGCUGAGGAAGUGAAGGAGAUACGGGACAUGGUGAAGGGAUUAACGAGACAGGUUACAGAGAUUGUGACCGCCACAGGGGCCACGGCCUACCGGGACAAACCUGGAGGGCCCUAUUCACUUCGCUGGGACCGUAGGAAUAACGAUCCAUGGAGGAGUGUCGAGGAUAGAAAUCCUCGGACGCUAAUUGAUUAUCGUACGAGGGGGAGAGAGAGAGGCGAUGAAUUAUGGCAAUGUAGGGACGAUGAGAUAGACCGAGACCGCAGAGAUCGCGAGCUGUUUGUGCGAGCAAGGAGGCUAGAUGAUUACCCCCGAAGCCCUCGCUAUGAGGCCGAUCGGGGUAGAGGCGACUCCCGCGGCCGAUGGGAGAGGGACGGCAGAUACGAGAGAUCGAACCGGGAUGGAUAUAGGGAUGACAGAUACGAGAGGUCGGGUCGAGAUGGCUACAGAGGGAGUAGAUAUGAGAGAGGAGAUCACGACUGGGAACGACAAGAUGAGACACGCGGACGGUUUGAGCGCGGGGGAGAUGCGAGAGAGCAGCGCGACGAGACGCGAGGAUGGUACAACCGAGGGGACCGACGCGAUGAGUCACGAGGACGCUAUGACUCAGGGGACUGCCGGAAUGACUCGCGAGGGCAGUAUGAGCGAGGAGGGACUGGAGGAGACCGGCGCAACGAUUCGCGCAGUCGGAAUGAGAGAGGGGGAUAUGGUGUCUCAUCAGAACCAUAUCCAAAACGACAGGGCGUCUACUCCCGAAACUCAUGCGUCUACUGUAGAGGAGAAGAUCAUAUCAAGAGGGAUUGCCCGGACCUCAAACGGACAAUAGAUGAGGGGCUUGUCGUGCUUUACGACCGCAAGUACGUCAAAUGGGCAGAUGAUCUGGGAGAUGUAUCAAUGUUUCGUUCGAUGAAGGAGAACGUCGAAGCAAGGAGAAUAAAGACGAGUAAAGGAAURGAGCCGGUCAGGAGCCAGAGCAUCAAGGUAAUCUUUGAGGGGGAUAUCGCGACCACACCCAUAAGGGUGGCAGCCACCAAGUCAGCAAGAGGGUCUACAUCGAAGAAGACUGACACGGAUUAUGUGAUGACGGAGAAGGACGGGCAGCGGAUCGAUGGAGAGGAGGUUAUCCUUUCGCCACGAAAGAGGGGAGUGAAGAAGUUMUUAAUGAAGAGUUCGUUGGACGAGAUUGACACGGUUGAGCCACUGAGGCGGGCUCUUCGGCAACCAAUUCAGUGCUCUAUUCUGGAAUACCUGGCGGCAUCGAAGCCGGCCCGUGAUAAAUUACAGAUGAUCACGCGGAAGACUCGCAUACCUCUAUCAGAGGAGGGUCAGGGAGUCCCUAAAGCGGAGACUUCUACAGUAGCAGUAACAGGGGUAACAGCCAGAGCGGAUCGCAUGGCGACAGCCCUUCUCGAUGGGAUGGAAGGCAUGCYUCCAGACAAGUUUUAUAUACUUGGUAGCGGGGCUGUAGAGACGAUUAUAAACGAUGGAGCGGUACUUGAUGCUGUGAUUGAUAACGAUAGUGAGGCUGUCAUCAUAGACGAGGACCAAGUUGGACUGGGCCUCGAUAGGUCAUACAUAUUCGAGAUAGAGACGGCUGAUGGGAGAAAGCAACAGAUCAUUGGGGUUUGUCACAAGGCAGCCAUAGAGGUCCAAGGGGUACGUGUGACCCUGCCUGUCUUUGCAGUCAAGAACUACAGCUCCGACCUGCUCUUAGGUCGAACGUGGUUGAGCCACGUGCAUGCGGUGAUGAUAGAGCGACCUGAUGGGAGUCAAACAUUGUCCAUUAAGAAGCCAGACGGGACGCGGUUUCUGGGAGUGGUCGGUUACUGGCGUAUAUUCAUACGGGGGUAUGCGGAGAAGGCUGAGCCAUUGAGGUUACUCCUUCGAAAGACUGGAAAAUUUUACUGGGAUUCUUCGCAGGAACUCGCAAUGCGAGAACUUAAAGACGGAUUUAAGGAGGGAGGACGCGUGUUGGGCGUGUCAUUCUUUGACGAUGAGACCGAGAGACCCUUCAUAGUAUCCACGGAUGCUGGACCAUGUUCAGUGGGUGGUUUGCUGUCUCAGAAGGACGCUGGAGGGAAGGAAAGACCGUUAAGAUUUGAGAGUAAGACACUUAAUACGGCUGAGCGUAACUACAGUCAAUUCAAGAAGGAGGUGUUAGCUGUUCUCCGGUGUCUAGACACGUUGAGACACUAUAUCUAUGAGCGACGGUUCAUCUUGAGAGUAGACCCCACCGCGGUUGCCUCUGUCCUCCAGAAGGACUUUAGUCUGACGGACCCGACCAUCGCCCGAUGGUUAAUACGGAUUCGGCUAUACGAUUACACGGUCGAAAGGGUAUCUGGUAUGAAAAAUGCCGUGGCAGAUGGACUUUCACGCAUCCCUCUCGAGCGUCCGAUAGUAGCUGGGGCUCUGACAAUGGCAGAGCCGAGGCGCGCCGAGAGAUUUCUAGUUAAUCUUUACGAGGGCAAAUACCGAAUGAUCGGACUACACCUGACGGGAGAAGAGAGUCAAGAUUCAGAUAUCCGGAGGCAAGCAGCCCAGUACUGCCUUAGAGCGGGCCACCUUUUCCGAAGGCCAGUAGGGUCGGGAAUGCCCUUACGAGUAGUCUGUGACCCUGAGGAGAGACAGACAAUAGUUGCGGAGCUUCACGACGGGGUAGUCGGAGGACACAGGGAAGGAACCUACGAAAAGGUACGCAGGUUGUACUGGUGGGAAGGACAGUAUAAGGACGUCGAGAGGUAUUGUAGGACCUGCGAAGAGUGCUUGAAGAGAGCUCUUGUGAAAUACAAAGAGCCACUUCAUCCAUCCUAUCCAACCCGACCAGGAGAGAAGGUACACAUCGAUCUAGUGAAAAUGCCGAGAGGGGUAGGCAAUAUGAACGACGUCGUGAACAUAGGAGACGAUUUCACUAGGUUCGUGGAUGGUAGAACUAUCAGGAGUAAGGCGGCAAAGGAAGUAAAGAACUUUGUCCUAGAGUACUUAUCUAGAUACCGCAAUGGACCAGGGCGCGAUGACCGGGCCUGGAUUGACGAGGGCAAGAAAUUUUCUGGGCCUAGAGCAUUGGGGCUGUAGGGACUGCGACGCGGACCGAGUCGAAGCAGGGCAGUUGGCCACAGACAGUGGAUAUAAGGGAAAUAAACGGGUACCAGGGUU